AGAUUACAUAACCAUGGCAUCCCUUACUUCUGUUGUGAAGGCUGCUGAUUUUAUAUUAUCUAGACCAACUUUGUCUAAGAUCGUAAACCCUGUAGCCAAGGCUUUUGUUGCCUAUGCUGGCUACAGAGAAAUGGGUUUGAAGUUUGAUGACUUGAUAUCCGAAGAGUCUCCUAUUGGACAAAAGGCUAUCUCUAGAUUGCCAGAAGGUGAAAUUUAUGCUAGAAAUUACAGAUUCAUCACUGCUCACCAAUGUGCAUUGUCCCAUCAGUUAUUACCUGCAAACAAGGCCGUCAAGCCAGAAGAGGACACCCACUACUUAAUCCCUUACAUUUUGGAGGCAGAGAAGGAAGCAUUUGAAAAGGUCGAAUUGGAUAACAUCCAAGUUUAAGUAGAGAAGUAUCGAUAUCUGCAAGGAGCUAGUUGGCGAAAGUGAACUCCUAGAUUGUGUAAAUCUGCAUUAAAGUGUUGGCAAAUAUUAUAUAUUGGAAGACCAAUUGUAGCGACACCUCCAGCAUUCACUUCAUUCUACAAAUUGACAAGCGGAAGAAACAUCCUUAUAUAUUUAUAUUAAAUGAUUAUUCAGCGUCUAGAUUAUCACAAAACAUGUAGGAACUGCAAAU